AUGACUAUAAAUCACAACACUGAUCCUUUUAUUCAAAAAACAAACAAUUUCUUUUCAUGGCUAAUCAGCCAUGCCAGCGUCGAAGUUUCUCCCAAAAUAACCGUACAAGAUCGAAGACAUUUUGCCCAAGGUUUUUGUUUAACAGCUGUUGAAGAUAUUCAACAGAAUGAACAACUUUUUAAGAUACCUAGGUCUUCUAUUUUAAAUGUGGAAACAGGCUCAUUAUAUAAAGAGUAUUUGGCCAACAACGUCAGCAUUAAAGCAUCAACCAAAGAUGAUUUCCUAAAUAAUACAGGAAUCUUUGGACAAUGGGAAACUUUGAUUUUAACUAUUUUCUACGAGAUAAAAGUUAAGGGGGAUUCAAGUUUUUGGUAUAACUAUUUCCAGAUCUUGCCGCAAUUAGACAAUGAUACUAGCGGGGACAUAUUUAUCAAUAAUUUAAUGUACUGGAGCGAUGAAGAAUUAUACAACUUAAAACCUUCUUUGGUUUUGACCAGACUUGGUAAAAAACAAUCUCUAGAAUUGUACAGCAAUAUUGUAAACAUUUUACAAAACGAUUUACAAAUUUUAAAUGUUGAUUUCAACUGGAAUGAAUUUUUAUAUAUAGCAUCUCUAGUCAUGUCUUAUUCAUUUGAUGUAGAGCUACCAGUUCCCACGCAGAGUCAAAAUUCAAAUGAACAAGGAAAAGAAGAAGACGAAGAAGACGAAGAAGAUGAAGAAAAUAUUGGAUAUCAUAAAAGCAUGGUUAUUUUAGCUGACUUGUUAAAUGCAGAUACUCAUCGUUGUAAUGCCAAUUUGUUAUAUUCAGACACUCAUUUAAUAAUGUGUUCUAUUAAACCUAUAGCUAAAAAUGAACAGAUCUACAAUACAUAUGGCGAUUAUCCCAAUUCUGAGCUAUUAAGAAGAUAUGGUUACGUUGAAUGGCAAGGUUCUAAGUACGAUUUUGGUGAAGUUCCAUUAAUUAACAUUAAAAAAUUUUUUCAAUCCAAGUAUUUCAGUAAUAAAAAUGAUUCCACAUUUAUAGAUAUUAUAUUACAAUUAUUAAGUGAUAAUGAAUAUAUUGUAUCAAAUAUUUUGGAGGAUGAAACGAUUGUUAUGGAGAGUUAUGAUUGUUAUAUUAACGGGGAAAUUAUGGAUGAAUUUCUAUGUUUAGUACAAUUAUUGACAGUUGUAUGCGAAAAUUAUCAGGAUUUUGUGCAAAUAUCAAGUAAUACCAUUGGUGAAUUAGGAAGUGUAUUGAAAAGAAUCAUUAAAUUGUAUAAUAACAAGAAUAUGCUCAGUGGGACUUGUAUAAUAAAUGUAAAAUUGAUUUUUGAUGAUAGAUUAAAAGAAUAUCCAAACCAUGCCUUUAGAGAAUUAAACGAUAGUAUUAGUAGUGACAACAUGUUACAAGUUUUACGAGAGCAUAUGGCAGAUUGUGUGUUACAAAGCGAGGUUAAUUCAAUUAAAAAUUGUUUCAAUAAUUUAGAGAUUGGAAAGCAAAUUUUAACUGAUGUGGAUUAUAUUGGGGAAUUAAACUCCAAAAGGAAAAAUAAGAGAUUGAAUAAUAGCGAUGUUAGGGGAAACAAUAACAAUAAUAAAAGGUAUAAAAAAUGCUAG